AUGCCGUCAACCACGCUUAAAUACCCCACGCAGCCCUACAGUAAGGUCAACCGCUAUGACACGCGAGGUGAGAACCAGCCCCCCACGAACUCUCUACACACCAGCCAGUACUCCCCGACUGACCAUCGACCCCAAGCCUCAUAUGCGCUAGAGACGAUCCACCAGAUCGUCAAUACGUGCCCAAUCCUCCACGUCUCCUUCGCGGCGCCCGACUCGCCGUUCCCAACCAUGCUGCCCAUGAUCGGACAGAUGGGCUCGUUCGCGCGCCCCAGCGCCGACACGGGCGACGUGCUGGAACUGUACCUACACGGCUACGUGUCAUCGCGUCUCAUGAACCUAGCGCGCAAGGCCGACGACAACGGAUCAGCAGAGGCAAACGGCCUCCCCAUCACCAUCGGCGCCAGCCACGUCGACGGCCUCGUGCUCUCGCUCACGCCCAACAGCCACAGCUACAACUACCGGUCGGCGACGCUGUUCGGCCAAGCCGUGCCCGUGACCGACGUCGCCGAGAAGCUGUACGCCAUGCAGCUGAUCACGGAGGGCAUCGUGCGCGGUCGCUGGGCCGGCACGCGCGUCCCGCCUAAUGGUGCCGAGAUGCAGAGUACGAGCGUGCUGAGGGUGAGCAUUGCGGCGGGGAGUGCGAAGGUCCGAACGGGUAUGCCGUCUGAUGACAGGGCGGAUAUGGAGGAUGGUGCGCUGCUGGAUCGGGUGUGGACCGGGGUCGUGCCCGUGCAUUACGCCAUGGGGGAGCCGAUGCCGAGCCCGUAUAAUCGGGUUGAGAAGGUGCCGGCGUAUCUGGAGGAGUUCAGGACAGGCUUCAAUGACGACGCGGUGGAGGGGGCUGUCGAGGCGGCUACGAAGAGUAUGGCUGCGAAGGCGAAGAAGGGAGAUUCGUGA